AUGGGUCCGAGCCAACAACUCCAGUUUCAUUACGAAGAUAUAUCACGUCAGGAUCCGUUGCUCAAACAGAAUCACACCAACGUUAUGGAAGUUCCUGGAUCGUCUUCAAUAAGAGUCGUGCCAAAGGAACCCUAUGAUUUCAGAAGAAAAAAUGGAAAAUUGGCUAUGGAGAUUCUGCGCGGUCAGAAAUUGAUACAGACAAGGGGUUCGACAGGAAAGUCCUUUCGAUCCAAUCCAUUCUUGGAGUCAAAUAAAGACAAAGGAUAUGUCAGUGACCUAGCACGAGAAAGCACUCUCCGAGGGCAUGAAAUGUCUAAUUUUUCUUUCAAAAUCAUUAUAGGAAUAGUAAUGUCUUUCUUAAAUUCUCCGGCCGAAAUACGGGAAAACUCCAUGAAAUUCUCGAUGGAAACGGAGUUUUUCGAAUUCUUCCCGGAACUGGCAGAUCAUUUCGAGAUCUUCUCUAAGACUCUAGGGUUCAAUGUGACUAUUGUCACUUCGGCCAAGACACAAGAUGAGACUUUACCACCGUGGAGCGGCUUUUUGAAAAAAAAAUGGAAUUUGAAAAAAAGAAAAGAUUGAAGCUGAAAUCCAACUUCUUCUUGAAAUAAAGAACUCGCACACACUAGAUUUCUUGGAUUCCAAAAAAAAUCAAUACACCAGCUUAGAUUUCUUGGAUUUCUUUUUUUCGCAAAUUCUUUGCUCAUCUGGAGUAGCUUAAUUAGUGGAGUUGAGAUGAACAAGGGCCUAGGCGCCAGUAACCCAAAGAAAUGAAAGAAGAGCUUACUUAUUUGAUUCAUUUCCUAUCUAGGAGUCCUCAAACAAAGUUCCAUUCGAGAUUGGACUAAGAAGGAAGAAGGCGAGUCAGUAUGCUAAUGCCUCAUCCUCAAAUCAAUCCUUCCCAUAGGUUAUUGUCCCAACGAAUAAGUAAUUGUAGGAGUGAAAGCUUCAUAUAAUUCGAAAAAGCAAGAGCAGCAAGUCCAAGUAAAUCAAAUACGAAACAAAAUACGUCAUUUUUUUAGGAUUAAACAAAAGGAUUCGCAAAUCAAAGUGCUAAUGCUACAACCAGUCCAUAAAUUGUUAAAGCUUCCAUAAAAGCCAGACUAAGAAAUCAAGUACCUCGGAUUUUUCCCUCCGCCUCGGGUUGUCUCGCGAUCCCUUCUACAGCUUGGCCCGCAGCAGUACCUUGACCAAUCCCAGGUCCAAUAGAAGCAAGCCCGACGGCCAACCCAGCAGCAAUAACGGAAGCGGCAGAAAUCAGUGGAUUCAUGAUAAGUUCCUCACACCAAAAGAAAGAAAUGGUUAAUGAUACAAUCAACCAAUGAAUUAUAACUUAUUAUUCCAUCACUAAGAUUUAUCCAACUAAAAAUUACGAAUUGAAGUAAUAAUAUUAUUUCAUCGUCCAAACUACUUCAAUCUCUCUUUUUUAGUUCCUAUCCAUCCACGUAGUUUUUGUGAAUCCAUACGACUUUUGUUCUUCCAUUUCUUUUAAAGCAUUCUUUUCAUUCUUCAUUGUUUUUCUUGAUUUAAUCUCUCUAUUCAUUCAAUAUUGAAUUCAAAAUUACAUUACAGCCGAAACAGAAGGACUUCCAUUGUAAGCCCUAUCUAAAUUCACAGUAGUAGGGCGGAUCUCUGAAUUUGUAAUUCUAUUUUGAGUUCGAUUUUGUUAUUUCACAUUAGUUCAGUUCGGUUAGAUAAUAUAGGAAAGAAAACAGGAGAAAGAGAGCUCUCAACUCCUUUACUGCAGGCCAAAAGAAAAG